GUAUAUAAAGCCCAUAUAUCGGCGUUGGAGCGAAGCCGCCAGUCGCGAGGAGAUAAAAGCCCCAAGACGUCGCCGAAGUAGAUCAGUUUAGUUCAGAAUUUGCAAUCGACUAAAAGAAAGUCCAAUCCAAUCCAAUAUAAUCCAUUGAAGAUCAUAAAACCCAUUUUUAGGGCAAAUCCGAUCUAAUAGGUUUUAUCUUAACUGUACAUGACAGAAUCAGGUUAUACUAAUGCUCGUCUGGAACGAUAAACAGGAUACAAACUUUACAUUUAUUUGAGAAUUUUCCUCAAGCUCAGCAAAGGAUACGAAACGUCCCGAAUAUAUCCUGGAAAUACAAGUUUUUUUUACAAAAAUUUUUUUUUUUCGUUCGGUUUUUUAUUAAAUUACCUGCCUGGUGAUAAUGCCCAGUAGUGCGGCCAACGAGAGGCAGUUUCAGCGAUUCCAGAGCAACCGCAGCCGGGUUAGCUGCCCGAGCCGGAGUACCAGCGAUUCCCCUACGGACUCUCCGUCCGUCACCACGCCCAAUUGCGAUGCCGUCGAUGAGGCCCUGGCCGAGCUGCAGCUCCAGUCGCAGGAUCAUCGCUCCAAGGAUCAUCUGCCCAGGGGCAGUGGCCUGUUGAACGGAAGAGGACGGCGCACGGGAUGGCAUGUCAAGUCCUCCAAGCUGGCCCUCAACACUCACAAUCGCAUCCGGAACAUUGUCGAGUCGCUGAAGAUCAAGCCCAACCCGCAGAAGCCUAUGAUUCCUUUGUCCAUUGGUGACCCCACCACCUUUGGCAAUCUGAAGGCCGCCGAUGAGACCAUGAAGGCGGUGCUCCACUCCCUGGAGAGUGCCAAGUUCAAUGGCUAUGCCCACACCCAGGGUCAUGAGGCGUCUCGCCAGGCGGUGGCCAAGUACAGUGCCCAUCAGCGUCCGGAUGGUGAGAUCCAGAACGAUGAAGUGAUCCUUUGCAGUGGUUGCUCCUCGGCCCUGGAGUACUGCAUCCUGGCUUUGGCCGAUCGUGGCCAGAACGUGCUCAUCCCACGACCGGGCUUCUGUUUGUAUCACACCCUGGCCGAGGGCCUGGACAUCGAGGUGCGCUACUACGACCUCCUGCCCGACCAGCAGUGGCGCGCCGAUCUCGUCCAGCUGGAGAGCCUCAUCGAUGAGAACACAGCCGCGUUGCUGAUCAACAAUCCGAGCAAUCCCUGCGGCAGUGUCUUCGAUGAGAAGCAUCUGCGUCAGCUCAUCGCCAUCUGCGAGCGACACUAUCUGCCCAUCAUAGCCGAUGAGAUCUAUGAGCAUUUUGUGUUUCCCGGCUCCAAGCACCUGGCUGUGAGCAGCCUGACCACCGAGGUUCCUGUCUUGUCCUGCGGAGGACUCACCAAGCGCUUCCUGGUUCCAGGCUGGCGGAUGGGAUGGAUCAUAGUCCAUGAUCGCAAGCAGCGAUUGGGCGAAGCAGUUCGUGGUCUGAAGAACAUGUGUGGCCGCAUCCUGGGCUCCAAUACCAUUAUCCAGGGUGCCCUGCCCGAGAUCCUAUCGAAGACUCCUCAGUCUUAUUUCGAUGGAGUGAUUGAUGUGCUUCAUUCAAAUGCCACCCUGGCCUAUAAAAUGCUGAAACAGGUCCAAGGCCUAAACCCUGUCAUGCCCAACGGAGCCAUGUACAUGAUGAUCGGAGUCAGCAUCGAGCGAUUUCCGGCGUUCAAGGACGACACCCACUUUGUCCAGGAGCUGGUCAACGAGCAGAGUGUCUUCUGCCUGCCGGGUAGUUGUUUCGAAUACCCGGGCUAUGUGAGGAUCGUCCUCACCGUGCCGGGACUAAUGAUCGAGGAGGCCUGUGCCCGGAUUGCCGAGUUCUGUGACCGCCACUACAAGAAGGAUUCGCAGGACAUUAUCGAAGAUGGACUCCUCGACGAGAAUCUGGUCUUCUGAGCUGGGAGCAAAACAUUUAUUAGACCAUCUAGACUACAAUUUUUAUCAAUUUUAUGUAUAUAAUACAAUAUGUAAUAUAAUAUAUAUAUAUAUAUAGCUAUCCAAUAUAAGGAGUAUUGUCUCAAAAAAUUGCUGGAAAAUGUAAAGCGCGUCAUCAAAGGGCGUCGAACACACACACUGAGAGAAAAAAUUAGCAGUGAUUAUUAGGAUAAUGAUCGUUAUAGAGGAGAAAGGUAAUUAUAUAGGUAUUUGAGCCAUAA